GUCUCUGUGACAGCUGAUCGAGGGGGAGAUGCGCCGUUAACCACCGUGGAAAAGGACACGGGGGAUAGAGGCUCUUCUACCAACCAAACAGCUAUCUCUGCUUGUGGACUUUCGGUUUUCUGAUAGGGAACAACACUGGGAAGAAGGAAAAUCUGGAGCUGGUCUCUCUCCAACUGUGUAAAAAUAAUAAACCGCCGUCUAGGCUUGUCUGUUUUGCGCGCUCUCUCUCCUCCGUCUCUGGACCAGUGCGCUAGAUGGGGUUAUAGGGAAUACUUAUCGGUCGAUGGGAGAAGAUGACUAUUGCGGGUGGGAAUGGACUCAUUUGACGAUGCUGGCAGCUAGUAACAACGUUGAGAGAUGGAUGUGAUUCAUCUUCAAAAGAAAGCAGAGCGUUAAUGGAGGCUAACCCAGAUGUGCUUAGCAGGACUGUAGCUUCCUGAGGUAUAUGUUCAUUGUUAUCUACUUGGGCCUGUAUGACUGAAGUCUUGACUCCGACCCUUACGCCCAGGAGGGAAAAUUGAGCGGUUGGACGCCAGUACAACCACAGCAAAACAAAAGCCCCCUAGGAAACCCUCCCUACCAGUGGGGGGUAGUCAGUCGCUAUAGCAACAGUAACAAAUUAUUCAUUAUUUGUGAAGUUAACAGCUCAGACCACUUAAUCUACAAAGACCAAUUACUUACUGGAGGGAAUUGGGCCAAUAUGAAGGACGUGUCAUUUGUAGAUUGUUUCUUGGUGGGUCUUGCCAUGACUGCCUUUGUUCUGGCCUCCGAGGAGAGAGUCGAUUGCCCUCAGCUAUGUGUGUGUGAGAUCAGACCCUGGUUCUCUCCCAGCUCCGUGUACAUGGAGGCCCAAAUUGUUGAUUGUAAUGACUUGGGACUUUUCACUCUGUCUGGGAGAUUACCAACGGACACACAAGUGCUAUUGCUGCAGACCAACAACAUUGCAAAGAUUGAGAGACCUUUGGAUUACCUGGCCAACAUCACAGAGAUUGACUUGUCGCAAAACAACUUAUCCUCAAUGAGUGACAUCCACCUCGGGCGGCUGCCUCAGCUGCUGUCCUUGCACAUGGAAGAGAACUGGAUACGCCAGCUGCCAGAUAGCUGUCUGGCAGAGCUGGCCAACCUUCAGGAGCUUUACAUGAACCACAACCUGAUCUCCUCCAUCUCUCCCACGGCGUUCCAGGGUCUCCACAACCUCCUCCGGCUCCACCUCAACUCCAACAAGCUGCAGACGAUCAGUAGUGAGUGGUUCGACACCAUACCCAAUCUGGAAAUACUCAUGAUUGGAGAGAAUCCGAUCACCUCCAUUCAAGACAUGAACUUCAAGCCACUUCGUAAUCUCCGAAGUCUAGUUCUGACCAGGAUGAACCUAUCGCAGUUACCCGACGGCGCUCUAUCUGGCCUCGACAACUUGGAGAGCAUCUCGUUCUACGACAACACCUUCCCCGAAGUUCCCCACGCAGCUCUGAGGAACUUAAAGAACCUCAAGUUUCUGGAUCUAAACAAGAAUCCCAUAGGGAGGAUACAGCGUGGAGAUUUUGCAGACAUGCUCCACCUCAAAGAGCUGGGCAUUAACAGCAUGCCGGAACUGGUCUCUAUCGACAGCUUCGCCCUCAACAACCUCCCCGAACUGACUAAGAUCGAGGCCACCAACAACCCCAGGCUCUCUUACAUCCAUCCCAAUGCUUUCUACAAACUGCCCAGGCUGGAAACAUUGAUGCUGAAUGGGAACGCGCUCAGCGCCCUACACAGGAUUACCGUGGAGUCCCUCCCCAACCUGCGGGAGGUGAGCAUGCACAGCAACCCCAUCCGCUGCGACUGUGUGGUCCGCUGGAUGAACAUGAACAAGACCAACAUACGCUUCAUGGAACCGGAUUCACUCUUCUGCGUCGAGCCUCCCGAGUACGAGGGCCAGCAUGUCCGGCAGGUCCACUUCAGGGAGAUGACAGAGAUCUGUCUGCCUCUCAUUUCUCCUGAGAGCAUGCCCGGGCACGUCAGCGUCGACAACGGGAGUUCUGUAUCGCUCCACUGCCGGGCCUUUGCCGAACCCGAACCGGACAUCUACUGGAUCACACCUUCUGGUACCAGGGUCCUGCCCAAUACCGUUUCAGAUAAAUACUACAUGCACUCAGAGGGAACGUUUGACAUCUACGAUGUAACAGAGAACGAGGCUGGACUGUACACCUGCGUUGCCCACAAUCUGGUCGGCGCAGACCUAAAGUCAGUCUCUGUGGAGGUGGAUGGAUACUUCCCCCGACCUGCCAACGGCUCUUUGGACGUCAACAUCAAAUCAGUGGAGUCCAACUCGGUCCUGGUGGCCUGGAAAGCCGCCCAGGGUGGUCUGGCUCCUAACAUAAAGUGGUACAAGGCUUCCGACCCCAACCACCCGACCAUGGCAUUCACUGCACGCGUACCGUCUGAUGUGAAAGUGUACAAUCUCACACAUCUGACUCCCGCCACCCAGUACAAGGUGUGUGUGGACAUCCGCGGCAUCCUCUACAAACACGACACCAAAUGUGUCAAUGUCACCACAAAGGGAUUAGAGCUGGCGGCCAAGGACACUGAAAAGUGGCACGCUGCAGUAAUUGCUGUCUUUGGUGUGCUUCUCGCCGUGAUUUCAGUGGCCUGUCUGCUUAUUUAUGUGUCUCUGAGGAACCACCACCUUUGUGGGGAUUUAAGGAAAUGCCACUCCAAAGUGUCUUUGACGCAGGUGGCCGGCCUGCACUCUCCUUUUACGAGGCUGUGGAUCUCAGGGAACGGACUGCCAACUGCAGUGGAAGUGAAACCCACAGUCAUAAAUGUAUCUGACAAUGCCUUUUAAAGAACUAAACCCCCGUGGAGCUUACCACACAAUCGCAAAGAAUGGACAAAGCGUACAAAAAGGAUAAACCUGCAGUAACUGUUUAAAAAUGUGCAUCGGCUUCCUUUUAGCUUUGACUCUGACAUUCUGGAAAAAUAUACACCAUCAUUGAAUUGAGGAGUAACCGGUAGGAGGGAGACAGACCACUCUCUUGGUUACAGCAUAGUAUCUGACGUGGCGGCUUUAUAACAAUUCAAUUGCUUUAUCAAGCUAACAUCACCAGGGAGAUCGUUUUCCUUGCUAAAACACACAGUUCGACAUCCCUGGGUUCUUCACAGAGUACAGAUAGAAUAAGAGAAUAUGAUGACGAUGGUGUUCUCUCUCUUGUAAUUGACUGUUAAAUGUGUUAAGAAUAGUGGAACUGUCCUUGUGGUCCCCAAGCAAUAGCGUCCGUGCUGUACAACAUCCAUAGGUGAGAUAGAGAUGACAACUGUCUAUAACGGAGGAAUUAUGUAGUAGAAUAGACAAUAAUAAUGACUAUGGUGUAAAAAUUUUGAUGAAUAUUACCCUUUUUCUAUUUAGAAAGAGAGGAUUUUUGUUUUUUUCAAUAAAAAAUUGUUAUAUAUUCUAUCUGCUAAUGUAAACAUAAAUCCUCUGGUGUAAUAUCUGGACAGUAAACUGGUGUGAUAUUAAUAAUGACUCUCAUUAAUAACAACAUCAUUAUGCUAAAUAAAAUUAUACUGCAUAUGGGUACAGUAUAUAGAUAGGGUGUUAAAGAAAUGGUUGUUUGCAAGUGUUCGAAGAAGGAUCUAAGAAUCUUGACAAAGGCAGACCUUGAGUUGAUGGUGAGUUCAUGGUCUGAAUGUGAUUGUCUGUCCUGACAUCUCCCAGAGAGUAAUGAUUGUGGUUUCCCCACUGGGCAAAAACUGGUUAAAAUCAACAUUGUUUCCACAUAAUUUCAACAACAAAAGAUGAAAUGUGAUGACGUUGAAUCAACGUGGAAAACUGAUUGGACUGGGAAAAUGUCAUCAACAUAAAAGGGUAUUUCGUCUUUCCCCCCCCCAACUUUCAACCUAAAUCCAAUGACAUGGUGGAAUUUGUUGUUGAUUUCACGUUGAAUUCAAGUUGACAACUCAACCAAAUGAAAAUCAAAACUAGACGUUGAACUGACGUCUGUGCUCAGUGGGUUGUUAUGCCCCGGUAAGUGCCUACCACAAGAACUACACAAGAAGUACACAGGAAGUACACAAGAACUACUACAGAGAAAUAACAACAAGGCCAUGUCAUAUCUGCAGACUCACAAGCUAAUCUCAAGUACUUUUAGUGAAAAUACAUUCUUAGUAUUUUUGGCAUAUAAACAUUUUAAAAACGUUGUGUUCUUGCUUUGGGUGUAAAGUUAUAAAAGCCAUUUUUAUAUUGACUGUACUGUCUGUGAUAUCUGGGCACAACUGGGACUGAGAUAAGAAUCUGUGCUGAGGAAAAAAAUGUAAUAAACAUCAACGUUUCUUUGCAAUCAUAGGGUUAGUCCCUCUCUCCCCUUUCUUCAGAGUGCUGAAAUAAUUUUAUUAUCUCACUACAUGACAAUCAUCACACUUGAUGAAAACACUAUACAACCUUUUGUGUUCCUGACCUUUAUAUUGCCAGGAAACCUUGAUAAUGAUCACCCAGCAUUUCAUAUAAGAGCAAAAAUGCCUGUUGUAACACCAUGUGAAUAUACUGUAUCUUACGAGUUUGUAUGUAUUUUAGCUUACAUUGUUAUUCCCAGAUUACAACCCAAUACAGCCUCAUUAACUGGCUCAUUAGGAACAUGUUCAUUCUUUAGACAGAGGUCCGUGGUCUGAACAAACCCAGCAAAGUCAGUGUCACAGUCAUGUAGAGCGGAAAGACACAAUGUCCCAAUGACAACGCUCUGCAAGGGAAGUCAGCCGGUUAAAGCUCGCUCCAAAGCAGUCGGAAUCGGAAAAUCGCAUUAUAUUUGUUUCAUUAAGCAUCCGAUGCUGGAGUCCCGAACAUAAAAAUACCAGACAUGAUGAAUGUCUGUCAGGGACCGAGUGACAUGGAGGAUUUAUCAGACAGGACCUGCCUCAUACAUCACUGCAGCCUUCAGCACCAUGGACAGGGCUUUUAGAGCUCAGUCAUUUGUCACAGACAAAGGGAGCUAAGAUAUGAGCAGAGCCCCUCCGCUCAGGUAGUGGCUCAGGUCAGACUGAGCUGAACGUUGCCAGUCUGCCCGAGUCUGACGCACACAGAGGCACACACAGACUGUACAUACACUACUGUUCAAAAGUUUGGUGGUCACUUAGAAAUGUCCUUGUUUUUGAAAGAAAAGCACAUUUUUUUGUCCAUUAAAAUAACAUCAAAUUGUUCAGAAAUACAGUGUAGACAUGGUUAACGUUGUAAAUAUUUUUUUUAUGGAAUAUCUACAUAGGUGUACACAGGCUCAUUAUCAACAACCAUCACUCCUGUGUUCCAAUGUCAUGUUGUGUUAGCUAAUCCAAGUUUAUCAUUAUAAGGCUAAUUGAUCAUUAUUAAACCCUUUUGCAAUUACGUUAGCGCAGCUGAAAACUGUUGUGCUGAUUAAAUAAGCAAUGAAACUGGCCUUCUUUAGACUAGUUGAGUACGUGGAGCAUCAGCAUUUGUAGGUUAGAUUACAGGCUCAAAAUGGCCAGAAACAAAGAACUUUCUUCUGAAACUCAUCAGUCGAUUCUUGCUCUAAGAAAUUCUUGCUCUCUCUUUAAUGAUGCUGCCGGUUGAGGACUUGUGAGGCGUCUGUUUCUCAAACUAGACACUCUAAUGUACUUGUCCUCUUACUCAGUUGUGCACCGGGGCCUCCCACUCCUCUUUCUAUUCUGGUUAGAGACAGUUUGCACUGUUCUUUGAAUGGAGUAGUACACAUCGUUGUAUGAGAUCUUCAGUUUCUUGGCAAUUUCUCACAUGGAAUAGCCUUCAUUUCUCAGAACAAGAAUCGACUGACGAGUUUCAGAAGAAAGUUAUUUGUUUCUGGCCAUUUUGAGCCUGUAAUAGAACCCACAAAUGCUGAUGCUCCAGAUACUCAACUAGUCUAAAGAAGGCCAGUUUAUUUCAUUGCUUCUUUAAUCAGAAAAACAUUUUUCAGCUGUGCUAACAUAAUUGAAAAAGGGUUUUCUAGCCUUUUAAAACAAUAAACUUGGAUUAGCUAACACAACGUGCCAUUGGAACACAGGAGUGAUGGUUGCUAUAAUGGGCCUCUGUACGCCUAUGUAGAUAUUCCAUAAAAAAAUCUGCCGUUUACAGCUACAAUAGUCAUUUACAACAUUAACAAUGUCUACACUGUAUUUCUGAUCAACUUGAUGUUAUUUUAAUGGACAAAAAAUGUGCUUUUCUUUCAAAAACAAGUACAUUUCUAAGUGACCCCAAACUUUUGAACAGUAGUACACACACACACACACACACACACACACACACACACACACACACACACAUAAAUAAAUACACGCACACCUUGUGAUAUCUUUACCCUGGAGACAUCAUGAGGUGCUACUGUGGCUAAAAGCUGUGUGCUCUAUGUGCCCACAAGGAGAAUAGUGUGUUCUUAGAAGAACCAACAGCUCGUGGGGUAUUAUUAUUUUUUUUAUCACGAACCCAUGAUUUGAUUACAUCCUUGGAUGAACAGACUCAAGACUUAUCCACAAAUUUGUCUCCUCUCUCUCUCUCUCUCUCUCUCUCUCUCUCUCUCUCUCUCUCUCUCUCUCUCUCUCUCUCUCUCUCUCUCUCUCUCUCUCUCUCUCUCUCUCAGCGGGUAAGAACUCAGGUGAUAGCUUUUUCCCUGUAAUUGUACAUUCACAGCCACCUAUAUGAGAGACAUCGGGAUUUAACUUAAAUCCUACAUGAAAAGAGCCAGUGAGGUUUUUAAUCCACAGAGGGCGUAAAAAGAGAGAGAGUUUCUGAUGAAUCUUCAAAUAUUUUCUUUGAAUCACUUUCUACUAUUCUAAAAAAAAAAUCUGCAAUGCUGAGAUAUUAAAGCAUUCUCUCUGUGCACAUUUUCUUUUGUUGUCUAUGUGUAUAUUAAGGUAUUUCUGCCAGUUAUACAGUUCCAUUUAAUUAUGCAAGGAUCAUCACUACCAAUGUCAAUCUCCAUGGUGAUAGAAGCUAUUAUUAAAGAGCUCCUAUGUAAUAAAACACAUGUAUCUAACAUUUUAAGACAAAUGCAGUAAUAAUGGUUAGUUCAUAUCUGUUUUUCUUCAGUCUUUUCUUGAUUUAUAUUUAUUGCGUGUGCUGUGGGUGAUGGAAGAGGAUUUCAUAAGUAUAACAUUGUUUUAUAAAUGUAUAAAUCAAAGUAUGCGUAAUGCCAUAUGUAAUGUAGUGGUGACAGUCAGUGUGUACUACUGUGUACUAUUCAGUAAAAUAAGUAAAUCCUC